AUGGAGGGGGUGGCUGGGAAUGCCCCCUGUGAACACUUUGAAGCUAAUGUGCUUGCCCAGAGAUGCUGUCAAAACUGCUUCCACCCUGAGGAGGUCCACAGAGCAAGGCAUCAGGAGCCCGGGAGCCCUCCAAGUGCUGAGGCGCCCUACUGCGACCUGCCCCGCCGCCCGGCCGCCCCUGAGGACCCGCUCCGUGCCUCGACCUCCAACUGCCAGUCUGUGGUGGGUUCAGGCCUUGGGCCAGGGCCUGAGAGGGGCCCAUCAGCAGGGCUCCCUGCAGAGGGCCUCACAGCCACCCCCAGGAGCCAGGAACCCGAGGCAGCACCCUACCUGGAGGGCCUGGCCUCCUCCCUGUGCGGCAGCUUCAACGAGAGCCCUGACUCUGGCACCAGCUCCAGCCCUGACUGCGAAGCCCCUGAUGAUACCAGCGACUCGUCCUCCGUGGACUGGGACACUGUUGAGAGGCAAGAGGAGGCCCCCAGUGGGGACAAGUUCACCGUGAUGAUCCCACGGAAGCCACAGGAGGGGCCAAGGGCUGACAGCGCCCGAAGGGCUCCUCCUCUCCUCACCCGGUCCCCUGUAGGAGGAGACACUGCAGGCCAGAGAAAGGAGGGCUCUGGUGGUGGGAACCGAAGCGCCGGACAGCACUGGGCGAAGCUCCGGGGAGAAAGCGGGUACUUCUCCUUGGAGCGGCACCGGUCGGUGCUGACCCCAGCCCCUCCCACGACACCACAGAGCAGUCCUCAAAGUGCCACCCCCCAGGCUUCCUCUCUCCAUCGCUCUGCCCAAAGGGACGUUGCCCAGACUGCUUCCACACAACUCGAUACCUCCCGAGCCUCCUCUCCCCCAAGAGUCGCUCAACGGGACACCCCCAGAACCUCGUCCACCCAGCAGGACACCCCCAAGACCUCUUCCACGCAACAGAACACCCCCAGAUCAUCCUCUCCCUCGAGAGUCGCCCAACGGGACACCCCCAGAACCUCAUCCACCCAACAGGACACCCCCAAGACCUCUUCCACGCAACAGAACACCCCCAGAUCAUCCUCUCCCUCAAGAGUCGCCCAGCGGGACAACCCCAGAACCUCGUCCACCCAGCAGGACACCCCCAGGACCUCUUCCACACAGCGGAACACCCCCAGAGCAUCUUCUCCCUCAAGAGUCGCCCAACAGGACACCCCCAGAACCUCGUCCACCCAGCAGGACACCCCCAGGACCUCUUCCACACAGCGGAACACCCCCAGAUCAUCCUCCCCCUCAAGAGUCGCCCAGCGGGACACCCCCAGAACCUCGUCCACCCAGCAGGACAACCCCAGGACCUCUUCCACACAGCGGAACACCCCCAGAUCAUCCUCUCCCUCAAGAGUCGCCCAACGGGACACCCCCAGAACCUCGUCCACCCAACGAAAUAAUCCUCAAGUUUCCUUUCCCCCCAGAGCCACCCAACAAGACAACUCCAGAGCCUCUUCUACCCAACAGGACAGCCCUCAAGCUCCUGUUCCUACUGGUACUCCCCAGUGGGGCAACCCCAGACCUUCUUGUAUUCAACAGAACACUCCCAGAACCUCUUCUACCCAAAGGGACAACCCCAAAACCUCUUGUGCCCAAUGGGACAAUCCCAAAUCCUCGUCCUCACGGCGGGAAAACCCCAGAAGCUCCUCCUCUCAGGGCUGCACCCAACGGGACAAUCCCGGACCUUCCUCUCCCCAUCGUUCCUCUCAGCGGAACAAUCCCAGGAAUUCCUCUCCCCAUCGUACUAACAAAGACAUUCCAUGGGCCUCCUUUCCCCUCCGGCCAACCCAGGGUGAUGGCCCCCGAACCUCUUCCCCAUCUCGCUCCAAGCAAAGUGAGGUUCCCUGGGCAUCCAUUGCCCUCCGGCCAACCCAAAGCGACAGGCCUCAGACCUCAUCUCCCAUCAGAUCAGCUCAGCGUGACUCACCCAAGUCCUCCUCCAGCCCCACCCAGCACAACUCACCAUCCCGGGCCACUUCCUCCUCCCAUUACCCAGGCCACCACAGUGCCUCCCGAACCUCCUCGCCUCUGCACCCUGCUACCCGCGGUGCACUCCAGACCUCUCCGGAGCCCUGCCAGCCUCCCUGCGCUGUGUGCAUUGGGCACCGGGAUGCCCCUCGAGCCUCCUCGCCUCCUCGCUAUUUGCAACAUGACCCCUUUCCCUUUUUCCCAGACCCCCACGCAUCUGAGAGUGAAUCGCCCCACCAUGACCCCCCCUAUAUGCCCCCAGCCGUAUGCAUUGGACACCGGGAUGCCCCUCGGGCUUCCUCACCCCCCCGCCACACCCAAUUUGACCCCUUUCCCUUCCUCCCAGAGACGUCAGAUGCUGAGGACCAGUCGCCCCAGCAUGAGCCUCCUCAGUUCCCCCCACCUGUGUGUAUCGGGUACCGCGAUGCACCCCGGGCCUCCUCCCCGCCGCGCCAAGCCCCAGAGCCCUCCCUCUUGUUCCAGGAUCUCCCCAGGGCCAGCACCGAGAGCCUUGUCCCCUCCACAGACUCUCUGCACGAGCGCCUCCACAUGCCCAGCCCUGUAUGCAUUGGGCACCGCGAUGCACCCUCCUUCUCGUCCCCACCCCGCCAGGCCCCCGAGCCCUCCCUCUUCUUCCAGGACCCCACUGGGACUAGUAUGGAGAGCCUGGCCCCCUCCACCGACUCUCUGCGUGGCUCCCCAGUGCUGCCCCCUCAAGUGUGCAUAGGGCACCGGGAUGCCCCUCGAGCCUCCUCCCCACCCCGCCACCCGCCCAGUGACCUAGCGCUCCUGGCACCCUCACCUCCGCCAGGCAGCUCGGGGGGCUCCCGGAGCUCGGCACCCCCGGGUGAGACCAGGCACAACUUGGAGAGGGAGGAAUACACCGUGCUGGCCGACCUGCCCCCACCCAGGAGGCUGGCGCAGAGGGAGCCAGGGCCCCAGUGCAGCAACGGGGGCCGCACCCGCAGCCCUGGCCGUGCAGAGGUGGAGCGCCUCUUCGGGCAAGAGCGCAGGAAGUCCGAGGCACCGGGGGCCUUCCAGACCCGGGAUGAGGGGCGGUUGCGGCGGCCCAGCCAAGUUCAGAGCCAACCUCUCCGAAGACAGUCCAGCCCUGCCCUCAGCAGGGAGGUAACCAAGCCCCUCGCGAAGCAGGCAGAACCGGCCCGGCGGAGCAGAGCAGAGCCCCCUCAUCCCAGGAGCCCCGAGAGGCGGCCUGAGGGGGAACGGCGGCUCCAGGGGUCCUCGCCGCCCCCGAGGACGUCAGCCAGGACUCCUGAGAGGGAGCAGCGGACAGAGAGACCUCUGGAAAGUGGCCGGGCGGGCCCAAGACAGCCUCUGGGAGGGUGGCGGAGUCAGGAGGAGCCGCUAGGAUCCGGGGACCCACACAGACACGUGGAGAGAGGCUGGGGCAGGCAGGAGGAGGGCCCAGGCCCGGGGGGCUGGCUAGGACUUGGGGGGCCCAGCCGGGGGGCUGCCAGAGCCCUAGAGGAAACAUGGAGGGGCCCUCCCAGGGAGUCUGAGGAGAGCUGGAAGCUGCUGGGCGGCCCCCCCUGCCACAGGGGGCAGUCAGAGGCCUGGGAGGAACCCCCCAGGGGUGGGCCAUGGGAGCCCCCUGACAGGCCAGCUCAGCGGGGCUGGGGCAGCCUGCAGGAGCUGUCUAGUCCUCACCAGCCUUUGAGGCCCCCAGAGAACUCCAGGGCAGGCCCAGGAGAGUUCUCGAAACCCCGGAGGCCUGAGACACCCCCCGCCAUGGGCUGGGGGGCUGAGGGAGCCUGUCCACACCUGCACGGCCCUGAGAGGCAAGCCGAGCCUGACUGGAGGGACCUGGUGGGCCUGCUCGGGGCACCCGGAGAGGGGGCCUGGACCCACUCGGAGGAGCCGACGCUCGCCUCCGCUCUUCCGAGGCUGGACUGGGAAGGCCUCCUGGAGCUCCUGCAGGCCCAGCUGCCCCGCCGGGACUCGGCCGGACACUGGGGUGGCCCGGGCACAAUUUCCCCAGGCACGACGGGUACGCUGGAGCUGGAGCCAGAGCGACACACCCAGUCUGAAGGAGGGGCAGGAGCUACCCUAGUCAACGGAUACAGCCCUGGGCAGUGGCCCCAGAGCUCCGCCCAGCCGCCCAGCCCUGCCGGCAUCUCCACCCAGUGGCCAAAGACCAAAGUGACAAGUGGACCAGAGACCUCAACUAUGGCUGGUCUGGAGGAGACAGGCCAGCUGAGGGGCAGGAGCCCUGCAGAGGGCCCCAGCUCGCUACAAUGGGAGUUCCAAUCAAAGGAGCCUGAGGAGUCAGAAGGAAGCAGAGGCCAAGACUCACUGACUGACCAGAAGCAGGCAGACUCGGCAGACAAGAGGCCAGCGGAGGGCAAGGCUGGGAGCCCACUCAAGGGCCGACUGGUGACCUCAUGGCGGAUGCCCGGGGACCGUCCCACGCUGUUCAAUCCGUUCCUGCUGUCUCUGGGGGUCCUCAGGUGGCAAAGGCCCGAUCUGCUCAACUUCAAGAAGGGAUGGAUGUCAAUCUUGGAUGAGCCUGGAGAGUGGAAGAAGCACUGGUUUGUGCUGACCGAUUCAAGCCUCAAGUACUACAGGGAUUCCACUGCUGAGGAGGCAGAUGAGCUGGACGGUGAGAUUGAUCUGCGCUGCUGCACGGACGUCACCGAGUAUGCGGUGCAGCGCAACUACGGCUUCCAGAUCCACACCAAAGAUGCUGUCUAUACCUUGUCGGCCAUGACCUCGGGCAUCCGGAGGAACUGGAUCGAGGCUCUGAGGAAGACUGUGCGUCCAACCUCAGCCCCAGAUGUCACCAAGCUCUCAGACUGCAAUAAGGAGAACACGCUGCACAGCUACGGCACCCCGAAGGGCUCGCUGAAGGCGGGGGAGCAGCGGGCAGGCUCGGAGGUCAUCGGCCGGGGCGGCCCCCGGAAGGCAGACGGGCAGCGGCAGUCACUGGACUACGUGGAGCUCUCCCCGCUGACUCAGGGCUCCCCGCAGCGGGCCCGCACCCCGGCCCGCGCUCUCGACCGCCCGGCCAAGCAGGAGGAGCUGGAGCGGGACCUGGCCCAGCGUUCCGAGGAGCGACGCAAGUGGUUCCAGGCCACGGACAGCAGGGCCACGGAGACACCGGCCGGCGACGGUCCGCGCCGGGGCCUGGGCGCCCCCCUGACUGAGGACCAGCAGAGCCGGCUCAGUGAGGAAAUCGAGAAGAAGUGGCAGGAGCUGGAGAAGUUGCCCCUGCGGGAGAACAAGCGGGUGCCUCUCACCGCCCUGCUCAACCAAAGCCGCGGGGAGCGCCGGGGGGCCCCAAGCGACAGCCACGAGGCACUGGAGAGGGAGGUCCAGUCCCUUCGUGCCCAGCUGGAGGCCUGGCGUCUCCAAGGGGAGGCUCGGCGUCUCCAAGGGGAGGCUCCUCAGGGUGCACCCAAGUGCCAGGAGGACGGCCACAUCCCCCCAGGCUACAUCUCACAGGAGGCGUGCGAGCGCAGCCUGGCGGAGAUGGAGUCUUCGCACCAGCAGGUGAUGGAGGAGCUGCAGCGGCACCACGAGCGGGAGCUGCAGCGGCUGCAGCAGGAGAAGGAGUGGCUCCUGGCCGAGGAGACAGCGGCCACAGCCUCAGCCAUCGAAGCCAUGAAGAAGGCCUACCAGGAGGAGCUGAGCCGGGAACUGAGCAAGACACAGAGUCUCCCGCAGGGCCCGGAUGGCCUCCAGAAACAGCACCAGUCAGAUGUGGAGGCGCUGAAGCGGGAGCUGCAGGUGCUGUCAGAGCAGUACUCGCAGAAGUGCCUGGAGAUUGGGGCCCUGACGCGGCAGGCGGAGGAGCGUGAGCACACGCUGCGGCGCUGCCAGCAGGAGGGCCAGGAGCUGCUGCGCCACAACCAGGAGCUGCACACCCGCCUGUCCGAGGAGAUUGACCGGCUGCGCAGCUUCAUCGCCUCACAGGGCACCGGCAAUGGCUGCGGGCGCAGCAGUGAGCGGAGCUCCUGUGAGCUGGAGGUGCUGCUGCGAGUGAAGGAGAAUGAACUGCAGUACCUGAAGAAGGAGGUGCAGUGCCUCCGGGAUGAGCUCCAGAUGAUGCAGAAGGACAGGCGCUUCACCUCGGGAAGGUACCAGGACGUGUAUGUGGAGCUGAACCACAUCAAGACGCGGUCGGAACGGGAGAUCGAGCAGCUGAAGGAGCACCUGCGCCUCGCCAUGGCCGCCCUGCAGGAGAAGGAGGCCGUGCGCAACAGCCUGGCCGAGUAGAGGUCCUCAUGGUCCAGCCCUGCUGCAGACCCCCAGCCCAAGGGGACCAAUCGCCCUCCUUCCCUGCUGGAUGGACGUCAGAAGCCAAGCUUUCUCCCCACCCUCUGUGGGCCGCACAUGCACUCACACCCACUAUACACACACACACACACACACACACAUGUCCACACACAUACACAUACACACGCACACUCUCUGCGUAUCUGAGCGCGCCCCUAGCACUGGGUCUUACCUUGCACCUUCUUCAGGAUUUUAUAUGUGAAGAGAUUUUUUUUCCUUUUUUUUUUUUCCCCAAACACUUUAUACUUUUUAAAAAGCAAUUCCUAGUGGCGUGUGCCUCUAACACUGGCUCCCCCUGUGUCUCCAGACGCCUGCUUGGGCUCCUGGGCCCACAGCCCGGCCCGGGGUCUAGCGGAGGCCCAGCAGCAGCUACGGCAGGGUUGACUCUGCUGGGAGAGGCCGGGAGCCAGCCACCCUCUUCCUGCCCUACCUCCCACUAACUACUUCCUGCCCUGGGGGGACCCACUCCCUGGGACUCUGGACGGAGGGACAGAUGGACAAAGGGAGCCAGCAGCUGUCCCCAUGGCCCCACCCCCUCCUCUGAGAGGUGCUGGGCAUGGAUCUGCGGGGACCACCCCGUGCAGGCGUUUCUCUCCUGCUCCGUGAGCCUUCGUAACUUAAUAAAAUGUUCCGGCAGC